AUGUCUUCUCGUCUCAUUGAUCAAAUCCCGGCGCCUAAGACACCUCCCAAGAUGAAGGUCCUCCUCUUCAGAAUGCCACGCACCGGAACGAUCUUGGAGGCUUACCACAGAACCACGAUAGCCAUCCGCAUGGCGUUUGAGAUUCUACAUUACUGGCCCUUCCACGGCCCCCUGGAGGCGCGAUACCUGCACACCGGCAAGGACUACACGCGCGCCAACUACGACAAACUCUUCUACGGGUUCAAUGUCUCGUGCAACAUGACGGGGACCCUGGUCGUGGCUGACCUGAUCAGGGCCUACCCCGAAGCCAAGGUGGUGGUCAGCACCCGCGAGGUGGAUCGGUGGCUGUGGUCCCUGCGGCAGUCGGUGGAUUCUGCAGUUUCCUGGAAAUCGUUUGACUGGUUGGCCCCUUGGGAUCCGGCAUACCUGGAUUAUUACGCCUGGAUUCAACACGCGGUGCCGGCGGAGCGGGUGUUGAUGUUGAGGAGAGCGUGA